UAAUUAACCUGAAACUAAAACAGAAUAAUAGUAAUUUAAGAUUUUUCCGCUAAGCAUUAGCGGAAGUCCUUCAAUCCUGUCAUCGAUUUUAAGUCGAUCGAAAUGUCUGCUACUAUAUAGAGAACAUAAAAUAUUUUAAAUAUGAACGGGAUAAUUCCUGAAAUGGAGCAAGUUAUUAGUCAGCUUGAAAGGGGGACUAUAGUAACCAAAUUUUUUCCAAGGAAAAGACCAGAGAAAAAGACUCUUAUGAUACGAAGAGAAACUAGGCAAAUUGUUUGGGCAAGAAGUGCAACAUUUAGACCUUUCGAUGGUUCAGUCGAAAUUAGAGAAAUUAAAGAAAUUAAGGUAGGAAAACAUUCUAAGGACUUUGAAAAAUGGCCAGAAGAUGCAAAAAGAACAGAGAAUCUUAAAUGUUUUGUUGUGUACUAUGGUUCAGAAUUCCGACUUAAAACACUUUCAAUAUCUGCCCUUAGUGAGAAAGAAUGUGAACUUUGGGUAAAAGGGCUACGUCGUUUAGUUCAAGAUACUAUAAAAACUCCAUAUCCUUUACAAGUUGAAAGAUGGCUAAGAAAAGAGUUUUAUGCAAUGGAAAAUUCAAGAGAAACAGUUACACUGAAGGAUGUGAAAGCAUUUUUACCCAGAGUUAAUUGUAAAGUAGCAACAAACAGACUGCGGGAGCUUUUUCAAGAAAUAGAUACAAUGAGCAGAAAUGAACUUGGUUUUGAUGAUUUUGUUGUACUUUAUCAGAAACUUAUGUUUGAUCAAAGUAAUUUUACAGAUUGGGUUAAACUUCUCAAUUAUUCUGAAACAGGGCCACUUGUUAGUGUUCAUGAUUUCCAGAACUUCUUAAUAACUGAACAGCAGGAUUCAUUGGGACACAAUGAGAUAGAAGUUUCAUGUUUUAUUAGAGAUUAUUUACAAGAUCCUCUAAGAGAUGUACAAGAACCACAAUUUAUGUUUUCUGAGUUUAUCGAUUUCUUAUUUUCUAAACAGAAUUCUGUUUGGGAUUCCAAGUAUUCUCGAAUAUACCAGGACAUGAAUAAACCCCUUGCACAUUAUUGGAUAGCUUCAUCACAUAACACAUAUCUAAUGGGAGAUCAGAUUAGCAGUGAAAGUAGUUGUCAAGCAUAUGUACGUGCUUUAAGAUCUGGUUGCAGAUGCAUAGAACUUGAUUGUUGGGAUGGACCAGAUGGGAUGCCAUUUAUUUUUCAUGGUCACACACUUACCACAAAAAUAAAACUUCUGGAUGUCAUUAAAACCAUUAAAGAGCAUGCUUUUGCUACUUCUGACUAUCCUGUAAUUUUAUCUAUCGAAGACAAUUGUACAUUGCCUCAACAACGUAAAAUGGCAAUUACAAUGCAAGAGGUAUUUGGUGACAUGCUGUUAACACAACCUGUAGAUAAAAAUGAAACUAGUUUGCCAUCACCACAUGCUUUAAGAAGAAAAAUCAUAUUAAAACAUAAAAAAUUACCUGAUGGUGUUGACGAGACGUCGUUUCUCGUUCGAAAUGAUGAAAGCAGGCAAGAAAUGGAUCUCAGAAAUACCGUGAAGAAUGGUAUUCUUUACCUUGAAGAUCCUGUUGAUAGAGAUUGGAAUCCACACUUUUUUGUGCUCACUCAACAAAAGUUAUUUUAUACAGAUACAUUUUCUAGAACUCAAGAAACUGAGCAUGAUGAUGAUGAAGAAAGUAUCAUACGACAGCCAACAGAUGGUGUGCCUAAUGAUGAAUUACAUUUUGGAGAAAAAUGGUUUCAUGGUAAAUUAGCAAAUGGCAGAGAAGAAGCGGAAGAAUUGUUACAAAGCUACUCGGAUCUGGAUGAUGGUACUUUUUUAGUACGACAGUGCGUUACAUUUGUAGGAGAUUACUGUCUUUCCUUUUGGCGUAAAGGCAAAGUGAAUCAUUGUCGCAUUAAACUCAAGCAAGAGAUGGGUCAAACACAAUAUUAUCUCAUUGACACAAAUUGUUUUGAUAGUUUAUAUAGUCUAAUUACAUAUUAUCGUAAUAAUCCACUAAGAAGUCAAGAAUUUUUAAUCACGCUACAAGAGCCCGUUCCACAACCAAAUAAACAUGAAAAGAAAGAAUGGUGGCACGCAGAUUGUACUCGUACUUUAGCCGAGGAAAUGUUAAAACGUAUUCCUACAGAUGGUGCAUUUUUAGUCAGACCUAGUGAAAAAGAAAGCAACUCUUAUGCCAUUUCGUUUAGGGCAGAGAAAAAAAUCAAACAUUGCAGAAUUAAGCAGGAAGGACGUUUGUACACCUUUGGUACUGUACAGUUUGAAAGUUUAGUUGAAUUAAUCAAUUACUAUGAAAGGCACCCAUUAUAUAAAAAGAUCAAAUUAUGUCAUGCUGUAAAUCAAGACGUUAUUAGAAGAAUGGGACUGGUACGUCUUUUAAUACUAUACAUAUAUCUGUCAUUUAAAAUAUUUAUUGAAUUAUUCUUUCAUAUUCAGGAUGUAGAUGAUGGUUCAGUUUACGGUAUUCCCGGUUACAUGGACCCUACAAGUUUUACAUCAAAAGUGACUGUAAAAGCUAUCUAUGAUUAUAAAGCCCGAAGAGACGAUGAAUUAACCUUAGUAAAACAUGCUAUAGUAACGAAUGUACAUCGGGAAAGUGGUGGUUGGUGGCGGGGAGAUUAUGGUGGUAAAAAGCAACACUGGUUUCCUGCCAAUUACGUAGAAGAAAUAGAACCUCAAGAUAAUCAGGGAGACUCAACAGAUUCUAUGAUGUUUGGUAAUCUUCAAAAAGGUUCACUGGAUAUUAUGGGCGCUGUUGUUGAAUUAAGAGUAGGUGGAAGACCUGGAUUAGAAUGGAUAUUAAGAAUUCAGAAUCCCAGUAUGUGUACAGUGUUUGAAGUCGCGACUUCAUCCAAAGACACAGCAUUAGAAUGGAUGUCUAGUAUUAAAGAAACUGCUCAAAAUGCAAGUGUUAGAGAAAAUCAGCACAAAGAAAUGGAACGUGCAUGGAGAAUAGCAAAAGAAAUGUCAAAUUUAAUCGUUUAUUGUAGAUCAGUUGCAUUUAAUUUAGAAAGAAUAAGAACAAAAGGUUUUAUAUUUAAUGAAAUGAGUAGUUUUCCCGAAACAAAGGCUGAGAAACUUAUGUGUCAACAAGAGAGCAAAUUUUUUUUAAAGUACCAUCAGAUACAAUUUAGCAGAGUCUAUCCUAAAGGACAACGCAUUGAUUCGUCCAAUUAUAAUCCGGUACCAAUAUGGAAUUCUGGCUGUCAAAUGGUAGCACUAAAUUAUCAAACUGGAGAUAAAUCAAUGCAGCUCAAUCAGGCAAAAUUUAGAGAAAAUGGUAACUGCGGUUACAUUUUGAAACCCGAAUUUAUGUGUAGGGAUGAUUUUAAUCCACAAGACAAAAGUUGCCUACUUGGUAUAGAAACUUUAAAAUUUAAUUUAAAAAUUAUUGGUGCGAGACAUUUAAUGAGAUCAGGAAGAGGUAUAGCUAGUCCUUUCGUUGAGGUUGAAAUCAUAGGAGCAGAUUUUGAUACCGGUACAAAACUAACAACUAAGACAAUACCUGAUAAUGGAUUUAACCCCAUGUGGAAUGAGUCUUGUGAAUUUGAAGUUGCUAAUCCAUACCUUGCAUUUAUACGAUUCGUUGUACAGGAUGAGGAUAUGUUUGGGGAUAGUAACUUUAUUGGACAAGCUACAUAUCCUGUACGAUGUUUGCGGUCAGGCUACAGAAGUGUCACAUUAAAAAAUAAUUAUAGUGAAGAUCUAGAACUUGCAUCGUUAUUAAUACAUUUGCAAAUUACAUCCUCAAGUACGCAUUCGCAUAAUUUAUGAAUCAAUGUUAAAUCGCACUGAAGGCUUAAAAUAUUUUAUGCAUAGUAGGAUUGGAAAAAGAUUUCCAAUGGAUGUGAAUUAUAUUACAUGAAAUGUAUCGAUCAAAUGCUUACAUAGAUAAAAAUAUCUCCCGAGAAAACUGGAGACAAACAAG